UUGGAAAUUUCAGGCGGUUUUGUUUUGUCUGAAGGACAAUGUCGCUUCGCCUGAAUAGUGAAGUUUGUAUCCCUAUGAUCGGUCUGGGCACUUGGCAGUCCCUAAAAGGUCAAGUGGUUGAAGCAGUGAAGGACGCCAUUUCCAUAGGAUAUCGUUACAUUGAUUGCGCAUACAUUUAUCAGAAUGAGAAAGAAGUGGGUGAAGCUAUACACCAGAAGAUUAAGGAAGGAGCAGUAAAGCGUAAAGACCUCUUUAUUGUCAGUAAGCUCUGGUCCACUUUUCAUGCAAAAGAUAAAGUGAAAGAGGCUUGUUGUAAAACACUGUCUGACCUGAAUCUGGAAUAUGUGGACCUCUACCUUAUUCACUGGCCAAUGGGAUUCAAGGCUGGUGAUGAGAAUUUUCCUUUGGAUGAGAAUGAUUUGAUAAUACCAAGUGACACUGAUUUUCUUGACACUUGGGAGGCAAUGGAAGAUUUAGUUGAUGAAAAAUUGGUUCAAGCUAUAGGAGUAUCCAACUUUAAUCAAGAUCAGAUUGACCGGAUCUUGAAGAAACCAAAUUUGAAAUGCAAACCUGCAGUUAACCAGAUUGAAUGCCACCCUUACCUGACUCAAGAAGAUCUGAUCGCCUAUUGCCAUUCAAACAACAUUGUUGUGACUGCCUAUAGCCCACUGGGAUCUCCAGCUAGACCAUGGAUAAAGAAAGAUGACCCUAUACUUCUCCAGGAUCCUAAACUCAAGCGUAUAGCAUGUCAGCAUGGUAAAUCAACAGCACAAGUCUUGAUCCGUUUUCAGAUUCAGAGAGGUUUGGUUGUAAUUCCAAAGUCUGUUACCAAAAAGCGCAUUUGGGAAAACUUUAAGGUUUUUGAUUUUAAGUUGAGUGAUGAAGAAAUGAAGACUAUCCUUUUGUUAAACAGGAACUGGAGAUGCUGCCCAUUUCAUUGGUGUAUUAAUCACAAGGACUACCCGUUCAAAUAAACUUUUAAACGUGUUCUUCAAGUGGAACGUCCUGGUCACGUGUUUGAAAAUUUGUGGCUUCUCUAUU